GAUAAGGAGCAGAGUUUAAAAAGGAAAGUAAAAGCUCGUGUUUAUUUUUUCUCCCGGACGAAUGGACAGAUUUGUAAAUGUGACUCUUGACACAUUAUUCAGUUGUUACUGGUUUAUCUGCAGUUUUCUGAGCACACAGUGUGAUCUUCUGCCAUGAUGUCGGCUGAAGCACUGAGAUGGGUUUUACUCUUACUUUGUUUAUCUCUCAGCCAUCAGACUGGAUCAUUUUCAGUGAAGGUUCGUUCUCAGGUCUCAGGGCUGCUCGGUUCCUCUGUGGAUCUUUACUGUGGUCUUGAAAACAACAUGGAUGCUCGACCCCUGGAAGUCCGCUGGUACCGUCCCAACCUGCUAAACACCCCGGUUCUGCUCUACAAGAACACACAGCUCCAGACGGGAACUGUAGAUGUUCAGUACCAGGGCAGAGUGUUCCUCAAAGGAGAACUGGAGAAAGGAGACGUCUCUCUGAAACUGGAGAACCUGACGCUAGCAGACAGCGGAGAUUAUGUGUGCCAUGUGAGCAGUGGUAACUGGUAUGACAAGGCUACGGUGUCCCUCAGAGUGAGAGUGGUGGGAUCUAUUCCUGUUAUCUCCGUAAAUGAAGCAGGUGGAGGCCAAAUGAACGUUAGCUGUAAAUCACAUGGAUGGUUACCAGAGCCGUCAAUCAUCUGGACAUAUAAAGAUGGGAGAGAUCUGAAACCUCUCAGCAAAGACAUGUUCACUACCAACUCUGAAGGCUGUGUAGAUGUGAGCUCAUGGCUAAUUGUGUCUCCCUCUGAGUCUGAGUGGAUCUUCUGCUCUGCGGGUUUCUCUGAUUGUUUGUCUCUGGAGAGAAAAGACAGCAGAAUGAAGUUAUAUGUCCCCACAGGGUCCUUGAAUGGAUACUUCAUUGCGAUUCCCAUUCUGCUGCUGCUGCUGCUGCUGUGUGCUGCAGGAAUUGCAGUGUAUUGCGUGCGACGUAAAAAAGGUGUCAACAAAAGAAGGAACAGAAAACCCAACAAUUGUCUGAGUUUCUUCAAGAAGAACAAGGCAGAAGAUCCAGGAGGGAAUCCAUCAGAAACUGAACCUCUCACAAUCCGUGUGGACAAGCCGGAUAAGGACGAAGCUACAUCUGGUGUUCUACAAGCUGUGGUUGUAGAUCCAAAUUCUGUGCCAAGGGCAGAAACACCACCAGCUCCAACUGCAGAUCUCAAUCAGCAGAAAUCAUCUGAGCCUCAGAAUCCUGAAGCAGCUGCCAGACCUGAAGCCAUCACCUCCAACACCACACCUUCUGCCACCACCUCCAACACCACACCUUUUGCCACCACCUCCAACACCACACCUGCUGCCACCACCACCACAAAAACCACACCUGCUGCCACCACCUCCAAUACCACACCUUCUGCCAUCACCUCAAACACUACAUCUGCUGCCACCACCUCCAAUACCACACCUUCUGCCAUCACCUCAAACACUACAUCUGCUGCCACCACCUUGAAUGCCACACUUGCUGCCACCACCACAAACACCACACCUGAUGCCACCACUUCAAACACUACAGAUGCUGCCACAAACACCACACCUGCUGACACUAUCUCAAACACUACACCUGCUUCCACCACCUUAGCUCCAGAACCAGCUGCCAUCAUCUCAAUUCCCACAACUUCUGUCAGCAUCUCAGAGCCCAUGCACACUCCCACCACCACAAAUACCACACCUGCUGCCACCAUAUCAGAGUCCACACCUGUCCCCAUAAUAUUUACAGGAUAUUUCAAAAUACCUCCUAUCAAAAAUUCUGAAAAAGGAAUAAUUAAAAACAAAGGAAGAAGGAGAAAAAACACCGCAAAUAAAUCAGAAAACUCAUCUGACAAAGCUGAAGGAACAGAAACAAAAAGUUCAGGAAAGAGGAAAACAGAAGAACCUGCUGUAGGUCCAGAGACCACAAAACGUAUCUAUCAGCAACAACACAGUGAAGGGGAGAGCGAUGAUGUAAUGGUGUGUGAGGAUGUGGGUUCCACGUCUGUCCCAGAGGAGAAGGAUAUGGGUUAGCUGUCUGUCCCAGAGCAUGUGGAGAUGGAGGAUUCUGAAUUAUGUAAUGAGGAGAAUAACAUGGACUGAAGUUUAUUAUGAUUCAGCCUUCCAGCUUAUUUAAUGAUUCUAUGGAUGAAAUUCUUACCUUUUUUGGUUGUUAUUUUUUACAAACACUUCAUGUACAGUAAAGAUGUGAUGUUCCAGAUGUUUUGUUUUUUACUGUCUGUAAUAUUCAAUAAAUAUCAGUGUUGUUGGUUG